AUGGCUUCUCCCCCACCAUCAUCCCCUCCCCCCCAUCACACCAACCAAUCCACCAAACUCGACUACUACUACUUCGUCAUCGGCCUCUCACUCAUCGCCAUCAUCCUCCUCCUCACCAACGCCGUCGCUGUCGGCUGCUGCUCCUGGCUUCGCCAAUUCAUUCUAUCACGCGGCGCGCUCGGCCACGAGUUCAACGAGUCCGAUAUAGCACAGCGAUGGAUGCCUCCUGCGUAUAUUUAUAUGAAGAGGAAGGAUGAGGAAGAGGAGGAGGGCGCAGCUGCUGCUGAAUGCCCGGUUUGUAUAUCAGCGUUCGAGGAAGGAGAGGAAGUGAGACGGAUGGCGCAGUGCGGGCAUUCUUUUCAUGUAGGCUGUAUUGAUAUGUGGCUUAAUUCGCAUGAUAGCUGUCCGGUCUGUCGCGAGAAUGUUUUGCCGAUGCCUCUGCAGUCCAUGGAGCUGUCGGAGUCGUUUAACUCGCGGGACUAUCUAGUUCCUUCCUCGGCGAGGGGCAGAGUGCAUUUGGUUUGA